CGCGCACUGCCUGCUUUUACACGUUCUAUCGUACAACGUAGCAACUUGGAGAUCUGUAGUAAUGUCCGGAAGAGGCAAAGGAGGUAAAGGGCUCGGGAAAGGAGGCGCUAAGCGUCACCGUAAAGUUCUGCGGGAUAACAUCCAGGGCAUCACCAAACCCGCCAUCCGUCGUCUCGCUCGCCGCGGCGGAGUCAAGCGUAUCUCCGGUCUGAUCUACGAGGAGACCCGCGGUGUGCUGAAGGUGUUCCUGGAGAACGUGAUCCGCGAUGCCGUGACCUACACCGAGCACGCCAAGAGAAAGACCGUCACCGCCAUGGACGUCGUGUACGCGCUGAAACGACAGGGACGCACUCUGUACGGCUUCGGAGGAUAAACGCGUCCGUGUUAGCAGAAAACCACAAAGGCUCUUUUAAGAGCCACCCACGUCUUCAAAAAGAGUACAUUAAUAUCUUGCAAACUAACGAUUAUACACAUACAUAAUCUGAGCCAACUGUUAAAUAUAUCGAUUUGAGAUAAUUUUAUUGGUGUUUUAACUGCUUUUAACCCAUGUGAUUUUGUUAUAUAAGGAUUAUCAUGCAUAAUGACAAACCUAUGAUGUGACAGAACAGUUUAAAACAGCUGGGCUAAGAUACAUAACAUUUUAAUGACUGCAGAAAUGUGUUAAUUCAGUACAAACGUCAUCUCACCGGUCACAGUUGUGACAUUCCAUAAAAAAAUAUUUCAAGGGGUUACUUAUAAUUUGGAUGUGUUGAUAUAUGGGAAAAAAAUUGUGAUUAAACGAGUUAAUAUUAAAUGAAAGCCGUGUUAAUUUAAUGUACAAAACAUCGAAAAUGGUUAUUUUUGUUCUUAAUUUGCGUGCUUAUCACAGACAUCUUGAGCUGGAAACUAAUUCAGACCACUGAUCUAUUAUAUAUGACAUUUUUUGACAGAUUGUUUGGGGAUUAAACAGGUUAAUAUUAAA